GCAAUACAUCAGAUAUGUGAACUUUACCUUAAUGAUACAGUUAUUGACUUUAUACGGCAAAUCAACACGUUAAUUGUGGAAAAAUUGUAUAACGUAAUGGAUUUUAAUUUAGCGCUGGUUGAAAAGGAAGGCAGAAGCGAAGUUUUUUGUGCAUCCGGGAUUCUCUUAAAUAAAAAAUAUGUGUUGAUCACAUCAAACUUAUUUUGGAAUGAGUUUUUUAAAGAUUAUAAAGACCGUUUGAAUGAGCAUUUUAUUUUAAUAAAUAAAGAUAAAAGAUAUAAAAAAAAUAUUUUCGUGAAAUGGAAGGAAAGUAACUCGAUGAUAGCCAAAAAGGCAAAAAUCUUCGCCGGUGUAAUAAACAAUGAUUUAUAUUCCACCAAAAAUUUGUUCAAAGAUUGGAAAAUUGACUUUGAAGAUAAUUCAAACACCUCAAACUUACCUUUAAGUUUAUUUUUUGUGUUGACAAUAUCAGACAUGGAAGGCAACGUUGCCGAGUUUAAAUCAAUGCUGAAAGGCUGGUGGGACGAAAUUUGCACCCGAAGAAUUGGUAAAGGGCAAGACAUUUUUUGUUCCAGUGUUUCGUUCGGGAACGUCCACUUUUUUGGGUCUUAUGCGCGCGGAAUUGUGUCCAAUAUUGUUGGAAAUAAUAAUUGCCUUAUUUUGAGCGAUAUACCUUCCACACCAGGAUCUGAGGGAAGCCCUGUGUUUAAACUAAAAGAUCAUGUUCCCUUUGGUAUAAUAAUUUCACCCUUGAACUGGUGGAAAAAUGAAUAUACAGGGUGCACUCUAAUAGCAGAUUUGAGACCUAUUUUAAUGAGACUGUUAAAUUUGAAUGUGGGAAUCCAGGAAACUUCACUUAAUCUUGAAGUAUUAGCUGGUUCAGAAUUAUCUUUGGUUAAAUUGAGUUGUGGAUAUAGUUGGGGUUCUGGAAUAAUUUUUGAUAAAAAUAAAGGGAUCAUUAUAACGAAUUCGCAUAUUUUCGAUGAAGAUGACAAUGGUAUAAUUAAAAUAAAUUGGAAAAAUAAAUCUUCACUGGGCACAUUAAUUUACAAAACACCCAAAGAUUCAGUAUUUGAUAUAGCAUUAGUAUCUUGUUCAGAAAUCAACGAAUGGAAAGUUGAGAGUAUUAAAAUAAACAAAGAAUCGAUUUCAUUAGGGGCCACAAUUUAUUCUUCAGGCUUUUCUUUAUUUUCAAGUGAAUCAAGUUUGAGCCCCACUAUUUCCAAAGGGAACAUCAGUCAAAUUGAUGAGGGGAUUAUAAAAACUACUUCUUCUGUACACGCUGGGGCCAGUGGUGGGGCCAUUUUAAACCUUAACGGGGAACUGAUUGGCGUUAUAGUUUGUAAUAUUAAAUUGCCCAAUUCUUCUGUGUUUCCCAGAGUCAAUAUGGCAGUUCCAAUAUUGAAAAUAUUACCAAUAAUUGAUAAGUUUUUAAUACACAGAGAUUUGGAAGUUUUAAGAACUUUGGAGACCAGUAGUACCAAGGAUUUAAAUCUAUGGAAAAUGUUGAAAGGAAAGUUGUGAUAAUUGUAUUCAAUAAAAUAUAAAGCAAAGUGGAGGAUAGUCUUAAAAAUCAUAACACGUUUUCCUAAAUAUUUUAUUCAAAAAUUUCUAAGUUAUGGAUAUGCAAAUAUAUGUCAAACCCCAAAACUACACAUUUUUCAUCAAUUUUGGAUUCAUGUGGUUUGUCAUACAAUUCCAUUCACAAAUUAUUUACAAUUUAUUUAAUCCUCAUAUAUUUUGUAACCAGUCUGCAUUUGUGGAGAGAUUCCUUCCAGAUUUUCCUUUUUAUCGUCUUUGCCUGUAUAAUUGUAUCCAAUUUCAUGGUACCUUAUCGGAUACGUUAGCUGGUUUCCCUUAUCCCAUGUAUAGAGUUCCUAAAAGUAACCUUAUUAAUUAAGUUGAUUUGUGCAAUUGAGAUGGAGUUUUACCUUGUUUCUAUGGUUGUAUCCUAUCAUGGUGGUCUUCCUGAAUGGGUUGGAGAAAAGAAGAUUAACAUCAAGUAGAGUUUCCUUGUACAAAUCUAAAGCGAAUCUAAUUUUGGUAUCCCUUAUGGAAACACUAUCAACCGCAUAAAGCACACCGCACACUAUGAACAUCUCCCCCACUUUGUGGUGAUCAAUACUGAUGUUCCAAAUUUUUUGCGGGAGCAUUUUUUCCGCAUCCACCUAGAAUACAGGAAAAAUAAACACCAAGUGAAUAUGUGGAUUGUUUUACCUUCAAAACAGCUGUGUUGUUCGAAUUGGGGACAGGGAAAAUGACCCACAAACCAUUGUCGUCAACGCUGAAAUCCAUAUGGUUGUACUGGCCGGAGUAAAGUUUAUCACGCUGAUUGUCAAGAGGCAAGUCUAACGUAGUGGUUUCGUAUGUUUGCAAAGUAAACUUUACAAUCGUGUUUUUAUCCUUCUGAUUGUAAAACAAACUGCCGUUGUACAUGACUUGAGCGUUGCCUUCGAACCAAAUACUAAGCUUGUGAA